CCGUUCCUCUCAUCACCGGGUGCGCGCACAGUCUCUCUCCUUCUCUCUCUGUCUAUCCCAGUUAUCUCUAGAAAAAAACGGGAAGGGAAUUUCUUUCACAAACACCAGAGCAGCAAACGGCGCGAUUGGGUCCGAAGCAACCAUGCCGGACUCCGGUGGCCCCGCACCGCCGGAAUCCGGCAGCAAGGAGCUGCCAAGGCCGGCUGCGAAGGUCCUUUUCGGGAGGUUCAAGCUGGUCCGCCUCCUGGGCUUCGGCGCCUCCGCCCGCGUCUACCUCGCCCGCGACCUCCACUCGGGCCGCAGCGUGGCCCUCAAGGCCAUCCCCAAGGGCCGCGCCGCCAAGAACGGCCUCUCCCACAACGUCGUCCGCGAGAUAGCCAUCAUGCGCCGCCUCCGCCACCCCCACAUCCUCCGCCUCCUCGAGGUCCUCGCCUCCCGCUCCAAGAUCUACUUCGUCCUCGAGCUCGCCCGCGGCGGCGAGCUCUUCGCCCAAGUCGCCCGCGGCCGCCUCCCCGAGGACAUCUCCCGCCGCUACUUCCGCCAAUUGAUCUCCGCCGUUGGCUAUUGCCACUCCCGCGGCGUCUUCCACCGCGACCUUAAACCGGAGAACCUCCUCCUCGACGACGCCGGCAACCUCAAGGUCUCCGACUUCGGCCUCUCCGCGGUCCCCGAACAGAUCCGCGGCGACGGGCUCCUCCACACCCUCUGCGGAACGCCGGCGUACGUCGCUCCGGAGAUCCUCGACAGGAAGGGAUACGACGGCGCCAAGGUCGACGUCUGGUCCUGCGGCGUGAUCCUCUACGUCCUCAACGCCGGAUAUCUGCCGUUCAACGACCCCAAUCUGAUGGCGAUGUACCGCAAGAUCUACCGCGGGGAGUACCGAUGCCCCAAGUGGACCUCGCCGGAGCUCCGGCGGCUGAUCGGCCGGCUCCUGGACCCGAAGCCCGAGAGUAGGAUCACCGUCGACGGGAUCCUCCGCGACCCCUGGUUCAAGAAAGGGCUCGGCGAAGAGGAGUGGGCGGCGCUGGCGAAGUUCCACUCGGCGGAGACGGCGGAUUUGGAGAACGGAAAGUUGUGGAAGUCGGAGGAACCGGACCGGGCACUUAACGCCUUCGACCUAAUAUCCUUCUCCUCCGGGCUCGAUCUGUCCGGUCUGUUCGGACCUCCGUCGGACCGGGAGCGGUUCGUCUCGGCCGAGCCGGCCGAGGCGAUUCUCGCGAGAGCUGAAGAUCUGGGAGCGAAAGAAGGGCUCGUGGUUCGGAGGAAGGGGGAGAAGGGGCUCGCAGGUGUGGUGGUGGAGGGGCAGAUUGGCAAUUUGGUAGCGAGUGUGGUGGUUCGCCGGCUGGCCGAUGGGUUGUUGGUGGUGGAGGCGGAGGAUGGCGGCGGCGCCGCCGAGAUGUUUUUCCUUAAAGAGAAACUUUUGCCUGCGUUGAAGGUGCCGGCUACUGAACCGGGGAGUUCCGCUUCAGUAACUGACCGGCCGCAUCCGGUAUCGUGAGAGCACAGUUGCUGUGUUAACUUGAUUUGACGGGCUUGCUCGGGAUUUAAUUCCGGCGAGCUACAGAGCUGUCAAACGCCGGUGUUCUUUCUGAGCACACUGAGCGGUGCGUGUUUGUAAAUACAUAUCCUUCUUGUAAAAGAAACCUAUUUGUUAUUUGAAAUGAGACGAUCCAGAUGGGUUCUGGUUGUAUCUUUGGUACAAAAGAAUGUUUCAAUUUUUUAAUGUCAACGGUUAGAUUGUGCACUAA